AUUGCUGAAUUUCUUCUAGAUAAUGGAGCUAACCUUGAAGCGCGUUGUCGGUGGACUGAUAUGACCGCAUUGCACUAUGCAGCUUACUUUGAUUGUCCGAUGCUUGCGGAAUUGCUCGUCCGACGUGGAGCCCAACUAGAUUGCCGAUCACGAAUGGCUGAUGGCGCAACUCCUCUGCAUUUGGCCGCGACUCAGCUGUCGCUUGGAGCCACUCGGGCUCUGCUUCAUGCUUCAGCUAUCUCGCUUGCUCAGACCGGAUCAGGAUACGCUGAUAAGGACUCGGUAGACGCGUUGGGUCGUACACCGUUUCAGUGUCUGCCCCCGGCAAACCAAUUGGCUGAACCACUAUGUUCCCUGCGAGAUCGUCUGGCCGAAUUGCUGGGACCGGCAGUCCGACAAUCAAAUUGCCUGAAUCACGAUCUGCUUGACAAUGAGAUAGAGGUCUUGUCAGCCCUACGGUCGGGUCGUGCUGAGCUGAAUGGUUUCCCGCUGCUUCCGAACCAAUGCAACGGCCACGACCCACAACCAAAUGAACCACCAAACGGUAUGAGCUGGCUUGUUGCUUGGGAAACGCUUCCAAUCGGAGGUAGUUCAUCCGGGCCUGUAACAGAGGUAGAAUUGCAAACAUUUCGAAGUUUUCGUGCAUCAGAAUUGGAGAACGUUUCCACGUUACAGAUAAUGUCUGACGAGUAG